AUGCUAAGCUCCCCCCUCCAGCUCUGCUCUCCCGCCGAUUCCAGCCCGAGUCACCGUGCCUUUCUCUCGGGCCCCUCUCCUCCCACGCACGCCCUCGCGUUCGUGCCGGCGAGACUCGUGUCUCUCUCCAUCUCGCCGUGCUCGUCUCUCGCUGCCGCUGCUUCUCUGGCGACGGUUCCCAUGCUUCUCCCCUUCCUUGCUGCCGACGAUCUCCGGGCGAGCGCCUAUCUCCGCCGCCUUCUCUUCCCCGCUGCUGCCGGGCGAGAGGCGAGCGGAACCCGCUGCUCACCCUCCUUUCCCAUUGCGCUUGCGGGCCUGACGUCCGUGCCUCCCCGCCGCGCCCUUCUUGCCGCUGGCCGCGCCUCUCUGAUGAGCUGGGCCCCUCCUCGCGUCCUUCUUCCCGCCGCCAGUGGUGGCUGGCUGCGCGUGGCUCGCCCUCCCAUCCUCCCUUAUGCAUCAGCUGCCUGUCCGGCGAUCGUUCGCCGUCUUCGCCCCGGCCCCCUUGAGCCUGGCGCCAGUCGAGUGCGCGGGGGUCAACAGAAGGCCGCUCCCGGCGCCGCGAUCCUUCCCCUCACGCGCGCGGUCCCUCUUCCUCCCUUUUGCCGCGUUCUCCUUGCGUCCCCACAGCGCCGGCAUGCACGCCCCAGUCCCGCCGCUCCUGCUGAUGUGACCUCUCCGCCCGCGGGUUCCUCGCCGUCAUCUUCUCCGUCGGCGUCUUCGACCGCCCGUUCCAGGUUCGCUGCGUCCUCCUCUGCCUCUUCCUCUUCUGCGGCCUCCCCUCCUCGGUUGGCGUCGAAUCGCUCGACGCCCGGCCAACGGCCCCUCUCAUCACGGCGGCGCCCGUGCUCUUCCGGCGAGCGGAACACUCCCACAGCGCGCCGGUCUCCGCUCCCGGAACGAGAGAGGGAACGAGAGAGAGAGAGAGAGAGAGAGAGAGAGAGAGAGAGAGAGAGAGAGAGAGAGAGAGAGAGAAUGAAAGAGAGAGAACGAGAGAGAGAUGACGUGAGAGAGAACGAAAGAGAAGAGAGAGAACGGGAGAGAGAGAAGAGAGAGAGAGAGAAAGAGAGAGAGAACGAGAGAGAGAGAACGGGAGAGAGAGAAAGAGAGAGAGAGAAAGAGAGAGAGAACGAGAGAGAGAACGAGAGAGAGAGAGAGAGAGAGAGAGAGAGAGAGAGAGAGAACGAGAGAGAGAGAGAGAGAACGGGAGAGAGAGAACGAGAGAGGGAGAGUGAACGAACGAGAGAGGGAAGAAGUGUUGAAGUAAAACUUGAGUAA